GUCAACGCGAACUGAAUUAUGGGCCACUUCCGAGUACGACCAUAGCAGCGUUUCGACAAUUGACCCUUUGUAGCGCUUGUCUUGGUGGAAUUUAUCGAGAGAUUUUGCGUGGACAUUCGCCAUUUAAGUGUUAAGCUACUUAAGUUUGAUAUGCAGAGCUUUUAACAAUUGUUGUUCGCAAGGUGGCCCGAAGGUCUCCAAACAGUGUGAGGUUUACGGAGAAGACCUCGCCUGAUUGUCGACAAGAUUACUGAAAAUCAGUGAUCAUACAGUUAGCUCGCUUAACCUGUUAAAUUAAAAAACCGAUUAGUAUGGCUGCAAUGGAGGAAGGAAAUGGCGAUAGUAUGUCUACUGAUAGUGGCCAAGCAGUUGGCCUGCAAUAUACUAGUCAGAAGAAUUUUGAAAUUGAGAAGAAAAUCGGAAAAGGACAGUUUAGUGUGGUUUACAAGGCUCGAUGUCUCCUAGACAACUCUAUAGUUGCACUCAAGAAAAUACAGAUCUUUGAAAUGAUGGAUGCAAAAGCAAGACAAGAUUGUAUAAAGGAGAUAAAGUUACUUCAGCAAUUAAACCAUCCCAAUGUUAUCAAAUAUUUGGCUUCUUUUAUAGAGAAUAAUGAGCUUGUUAUAGUAUUAGAAUUAGCAGAUGCAGGAGAUUUAUCAAGAAUGAUAAAGCAUUUCAAAAAACAGGACAGAUUGAUUCCAGAGAGGACAGUUUGGAAAUACUUUGUUCAACUGACUGCAGCUCUGGAGCACAUGCAUUCGAGACGUGUCAUGCACAGAGACAUCAAGCCUGCCAAUGUCUUUAUAACUGCAUCUGGUGUGGUAAAGCUUGGUGACCUUGGUCUUGGAAGAUAUUUUAGUUCUAAGACUACUGCUGCACAUUCUCUAGUGGGGACACCUUAUUACAUGUCGCCAGAGAGGAUACAUGAAACUGGAUAUAAUUUCAAGUCUGAUAUUUGGUCUCUGGGUUGUCUUUUAUAUGAGAUGGCUGCCCUCCAGUCACCUUUCUAUGGUGACAAAAUGAACCUGUAUUCACUGUGUAAGAAGAUAGAAUCCUGUGAUUACCCCCCUUUGCCAGCAGAACAUUACUCUGAAAAGUUGCGUGAUUUAGUGAGCCGGUGUAUUAAAUCUGACCCAGACCAGAGGCCAGGUAUCACAAAAGUCAAUGAAGUGGCACAAAUGAUGCAUGCAGGCAAUCUUCACCAGUUCCCCUCUUCCCCCCAAAUGAAACAAUAAUUUAAAGAAACUUGAUGUGUAAUAUCAGUGAUACACUGAGUAAUUUAUUACAAAUAUUAAUGCCCAAAAAUUCUUGGUUGAUUGUGCCUUGUAACAUAUCUUAAUCUUAAGAAAUUGAUUGAAAAUAAAGAAAUUCCAAUCAAAAGAGAGAAACCUGGAGAUGAAUAUGGAUGGUCAAAGAUUUAAAACUUCAAAAUUCCAACUGAUCUUCUAACCAUAGAGUGAUGUUUGGGUUUCCACGUCCUUUUAAUUGACUUAACUUAAGAACUUUUCUCAGUGGAUACAAUGUAAUCGGUUUUCAAACAUUCAAUUCACAGUGAACUGCAUGCAAAAUUGAAUUUCAUGGAGAGAAAUUGAAUAAUUAUGGCAACACUUCAUUGCACAGAUGCAUGAACUUAUUUAUUCAUACUGCAGAAAUAAUCAGCUGCAAUUUUGCACCUCUACAUUUUGUAGUUUUUUUUGUAUUCUGUUGAAAAGGAUAGUGAAGUUGCCUGAGACUCCAUUAGGGAUGAUAAAAUGUUGUAACUUUUCAAGUAUUUUAUAAAUUACUUUCUGGAUUUUCACAACAAGAAUUAUUUUAUAGAGAUCUUCUUACUACUGAAGUCUCAAGUUUAAAUAUUGUUUGUGACCCUUUCAAAUUUCACUUUAUUCUAAGAUCCACUUAGUGUGUAAAAUGCAAAUGACAUUAGGUUGUGUAAUAUAGUUUCAGGGUGUGCUUAAAAAUAAUAACUUUAGCACUUCACAGAGGUGAUAGAACUUGUGUCUCUCAAAAUGGCAACUCUCUUCAGGAUUGCUGAAUAAAUCUCAUUUUACAGAAGAA